CGAAGAAGAAGACAAUAUUUUCAGAGCGGGAAGCUUAAUGGGGACAGUGGAGUUAACCAAAUAGUUCGUGUUCGCCGAAGUGGUUUCUGAUAGCCUGCUGUCAGAGUACCGGUUAGCAGGUUAACCAUGGCGCAAGGAUAACAGUAGUGAAUCGAAGUAACGGUGGAAGACGUAGCAUUAGCGCUCGCUAAGCACUCAGUAAUACCGUAACGCUAGCUAACAAGUGCCUUUCUCUUAACUCUCAGAUAUCUCUGUGAAGCAGGACCAGAGGAACAUGGCUGCUUCCUCAGAAUACACCAUUGGAGGGGUGAAGAUCCACUUCCCCUGUAAGGCAUACCCGUCCCAGCUGGCUAUGAUGAAUUCAAUCGUACGAGGACUGAACUAUGGGCAGCACUGUUUGCUGGAGAGUCCCACGGGAAGUGGAAAGAGCUUGGCUCUGCUCUGCUCGGCUCUGAGCUGGCAGCGGGCUCAGUUAGAUAAACUUAAAGAGGGAGGAAGCCUUUUGGAGGACAAGAGCCAGUCGGAUAAAAGCUGUGGCGUCUCUAAGAAGUCAGAUGUCACAACGCCCUGUCAGUGUGUGUGCCACAUCAAAGUCAACAGUACCACAGCUACAACAGCAGCCCAACCUGAUGUUGUGGACCUCACUGUGUCACCCUGCAAAGAGUCGACACAGCUUCCAGCACCUGAACAGAUGAGAACACCUGAGGAAAAAAAGAAACCGUCCAUAGCCUCUCGUCUGUCUGAGAAGUUCCUGUCCAGCUCUGACCGCGAGAAGGACGACGACAACGACGACUUUCAGCCAGAUAGGAAGCGCAUUCGCACUGCCGAACACAAGCGUAAAAGGCAGCGUCUGGAGCAGGGAGUGGUGUUCAUAGAUGAUGAGCCGGAAAAUGAGCCUUCAGGUGCUCAGACCUGGACCACGGAGCCAAACGCCCAAGCAGCUGGUCUGUCCUCAUCGUGCUGCUCCCCUGAACCCUGCUCCCAGUGCCAGUGCGCUUCAGCCAGAGACGGUGUGAAGGACAAAGACAGUGAUGGCAAAAAGAAGAUUCCUAAGAUCUUCUUUGGUACUCGCACACAUAAACAGAUAACUCAGAUCACCCACGAGCUGAAGCGCACCGUUUACUCCAGUGUGCCCAUGACCAUCUUAUCCAGUAGAGCUCACACAUGUGUCAACCAAGGAGUGGCGCCUCACUUCAACCGCAAUGAACGCUGCAAGGACCUGCUGGAUGCCAAAGAUGGCAGGUCAUGCAGCUACUACCAUGGUGUCCAGAAGAUGCGGGAACAGCGCACACUACGCUCCUACGGACUCCAUGACGCCUGGGACGUUGAGGACCUUGUCUCACUGGGCAAACGGCUCCGGUCAUGCUCCUACUAUGCUGCCCGUGAACUUAUGCAGGACGCCUCCAUCAUCUUCUGUCCAUAUAACUACCUGCUGGACCCAAUGAUCAGAGAGAGUAUGGAGAUCAACCUGGCAGGCCAGAUCGUGGUGCUAGACGAAGCCCACAACAUUGAGGACUGUGCAAGGGAGAGUGCCAGCUACACUUUAGACCACCACAGUCUGCUGCUGUCCAGGGAUGAGCUUGACAGCAUGGUCAAAAACAACAUCAGACCCUCCAAACACGAGCUACUCAGGGACUUCUGCUCUAUCCUGAUCAACUGGAUCCAGGAGAGCCAAAGCCUGAUGUCUGAACGGGGAUAUGAGAGCGCCUGUAAAGUCUGGAAUGGAAAGGAUGUACUGAGCAUCUUUCACAACAUGGGCAUCACUGCUGAAACCUUCAGCGUUCUGAAGAAAAACCUGGCAGCAGUGUUGGAGAAAGAGGAGCGUGUUGGUUUGAUCAAUGGUAAAGAGGAUAUGGUUCAGGUCCCAACCAUCUGCUCGGCAACCUCCAUUGUCCUCAAAAAUCUCUUCAUGGUGCUGAGCUUCAUGUACUCCUCUGAGGACAACUGCAGGGUUGCUGAAGACUACCGGAUAGCUCUGCAGAAGACCUACGCUUGGACGAACCAAGUCCCACCCGACACCCCUGAUGCCCAGGGCUUUAUUGUUCGGCCACACCACAGGAAACGCCAGAGCGCCCGAGUCAAGACAGAAGUCCUGACUCUCAGCUUCUGGUGCCUCAACCCCGCCGUGGCUUUCUCUGACUUCAGCAGGUCUGUGCACAGCAUUGUGCUGACAUCAGGAACCCUGUCCCCCAUGAGCUCCUUCUCCUCUGAACUUGGAGUGAAGUUCUCCAUCCAGCUGGAGGCCAACCAUGUCAUCAACAAGUCCCAGGUUUGGGUGGGCACUGUUGGUGACGGACCCCAGGGCAGAAAGCUCUGUGCCACCUUCCAACACACUGAAACGUACAUCUUCCAGGACGAGGUGGGGUCGCUGCUGCUCCAUGUCUGCCAGGUCGUAGCCAAGGGUGUGCUCUGCUUUCUGCCUUCUUACAAGAUGCUGGACAAGCUGCGAGACCGAUGGACCAACACUGGUCUCUGGAAGAAGCUAGAACGACACAAAGCCGUGAUCCCAGAGCCCCGCGGGGGUGGCGGCAAGGGGGAUUUUGACGAACUGCUUCAGAAGUACUACGAUGCCAUCAAGUACUGUGAGGAAGACAGAGAUGGUGCACUGCUGAUUGCUAUCUGUAGGGGUAAAGUGAGUGAAGGACUAGACUUCACUGAUGACAACGCCAGGGCAGUGAUCACCAUUGGAAUUCCCUUCCCAAACAUCAAAGACCUCCAAGUGGAACUGAAGAUGAAGUACAAUGACCAACACUGCAAAUCCAGAGGUCUUCUCUCAGGCCAUCGUUGGUACGAGAUCCAGGCCUACAGAGCUCUAAACCAGGCCCUGGGAAGGUGUAUCCGCCACAAGAAUGACUGGGGUGCCCUAAUUCUCGUGGAUGACCGUUACAGGAAUAAUCCCAAUAAGUACAUCACAGGUCUGUCUAAAUGGGUCCGCCAGCUGGUCCAGCAUCACGGCACCUUCAGCAAUGCCAUGCAGUCUCUGGCAGCCUUCUCUCAGGUGCAGCAGAAGGUGGAGGCCCUCAGCUCCAGUGUCUCAUCUCCAAACAGUCACUUGUCAGUAACUGUAGAGGGACAGGGUCUGCCCAAUGCCCCAGACCCUCAGACACCCCGGCCAUGUGUCAAACCGCCUGAACCCCAGCAGGACACAAGCCCCUCCACCAUCCAUUUCUUUUCUCGUACACAGUUGAAAGUGGAGCAAAAAGAAAAAGCAGGUGAGCUAAAUUGA